AUACAUUGUUAACACAUGUUCUGAGGAGGCUGCUAUCGCAAGAUAAAAUAUUAAAGUCCUCUUCCAGACGUCCCCCUGGUCUACAGAGCCACUUUACAGCCCUCAAUAACCAUUGCAUUUGAUGAAAGAACACGUUUGACGAGUUUGCAUGACUGGGUGACGCCAGUCGCCCUCUCAUUACACAUCUGACUACUAGCUACUAGGCUGCGUACUUCUCUUCCAGGACUGCUAAACAACCCCUGUGCUGCUUUGUUUUUAUCUACGCCUGUUGCCAGUAUGGCUCAGCUGAUCAUAUCACUUUGCGUGUUGGUGUCUAUAUGUCUCGCCUCGGUUUUGACCAAAGACAGCAGCCCCAUUCAGUUUGCUCCGGAAAGUCUCAGUACCUCAACGGUUCGCUCGGUGUGUAAGCCCAUCCCCAGCACACUUUCUCUGUGCCACGGCGUCGGUUACCGGGAGAUGCGGCUUCCCAACCUGCUGGGGCACGACUCGUUAAAAGAAGCCCAGCAGCAGUCGGCCGCGUGGCUACCGUUGGUCUCCAAACUCUGCCACCGGGAUACCAAGAAGUUCUUGUGCUCGCUCUUCGCCCCGGUGUGCUUACCGGAGGGGGCGGUGCGCCCCUGCCGUGGGCUGUGCGAGGAUGUGAGGGACGGUUGUCUUCCGGUGAUGAGCGCUUUCGGGUUCCCGUGGCCCGACAUGUUCAACUGUACCGGGUUCCCGCGCGGGACCCAUCUCUGCAUUCCCACCACGACCCGAGACACAGAGCGUGCGCAGAAGGAAGAGGGACACGAGGAGGCAUCAAAGGGAACAGUGGUCUGUGAUGCAUGCAGUCUGGCUGCUGAGGGGGAGACAGACAUCCAGAACAACUUCUGCAAGAGUCCAUAUGCCUUUAAACUGCGUAUUGGGAGUGUUUCUGUAGUGCAGGGUGACCGCAGGGUCGUCCCUCUGGCCCGGAGUCGCAUCCUGAGGUGGGAGGGUGGAGGCGCAGAGAAGGCCGAGGGCGUCGGGGGGGCCAUGGCCUACAGUGCCCUUUGGUUGCAGGAGGGGGGUACCUGCACCUGUCCUGCCCUGGAGGAGGCAGAUGUGGGGGAGGGGAAGGAGUCCCUGGCAGGGGUGUGGUACCUGGGCCUUGCUGACACACAGAAGGGCAGGCUGGUCCUCACUAGGCUGGUUAGGUGGAGGAGGAGCGACAAAGAACUCAAGAAGUUAGUCAGGAGACUGCUCAAACAACCCUGCUGAUGAUGUCAUCAUACAAACAUAGAGAGACUUUCCAAUUUGGCGAAUUGGAUGCGGAUGAGAGGACACCACAGCCCUGUUACAUUUACGCCUCUGGACCGAGACAAUAUCUCUUGCAU